UACCGGGAUCCCGGUCGAGAUGGAGGAAGAUGCAAGCGGGGGCCGGCGGUCGCCGGGCAUGGAGGCUAGAGUGGGAGCUGUGGCCUAGAGGUCCGGGCUCGGAGUUCGCCUCAGUCGCGGCGGAACCUCCCUGAUCGGAGGAGAUCCAUUCCCCAGACGGAUGCUGUUGUCUUCGGGAACAGACUGUGUGUUUCUUGAAGGCAGAGUCUGUAUCUUCCCUGUCACUUGAAUCUCCCCUCAUUAUACAGGACAGAGGUUAUGAUUUCUGUGCUUAGGGGUGAGAAGGGCCAGGCAUGUCCUCUGCCCUGUGGUUCUCAAGACUUCAGGGAAACCACUUAGCUCUCUGCUGGUUCUUUCCUUUUUCUCUAGAGUGCGUUAUCUAAUAACCAAAGAGGACUCUGACCUUUGGCUUGUCCCUAACUUUCUAACUCCUUUCACUGGAGGGAGGGGAGGGAGGGGAGGGAGGGGGUGCCACGUUUUCUUCUAAUACAGACUGGAGGAAAGGAAAGUGUAGUGAGUGUGAGCCAGGGGAGUUCAGAGGGGCCAGCACGGGGAAACCAGAAGCAAAGUAAGGUAAGUCAGUUUGUAUAUGGUGCCGAAAGAGGCACCCUGCUGAGGGUCAGAGGUCAAGGCCAUGCCUCCUCAGUGGGCCCAGGAGCAUCCCAAAUGGAGCACUUACUUCCCUUCCGCAUUAGGAACCUGCUAAGCAUCACUUAGUGACAUCCCUUAGUCCCACUUGGAGGACCGCCUGGCAGGAUGCACGGCCCUCAAGCGGGACCAAAGCCAGAGCAACACAGCGUCCUGAGCUCUGCCUGGGUCUCCAGGCGCCAUGGAGGACAAGCGCAACAUCCAGAUCAUCGAGUGGGAACACUUGGACAAGAAGAAGUUUUACGUGUUUGGUGUAGCAAUGACGAUGAUGAUCCGUGUCAGCGUCUACCCGUUUACCCUCAUCCGCACCCGGCUGCAGGUCCAGAAAGGCAAGAGCCUCUACCACGGGACUUUUGAUGCCUUCAUCAAGAUCCUGCGAGCAGACGGUGUGACUGGCCUCUACCGGGGGUUCCUGGUCAACACCUUCACCCUCAUCUCUGGCCAGUGCUACGUCACCACGUACGAGCUCACCCGGAAGUUUGUCGCUGACUACAGCCAGAGCAACACAGUCAAGUCGCUGGUGGCCGGUGGCUCGGCCUCCCUUGUGGCCCAGAGCAUCACAGUGCCAAUUGAUGUGGUGUCCCAGCACCUGAUGAUGCAGCGCAAGGGCGAGAGAAUGGGCCGCUUCCAAGUGCGAGGGAGCCCCGAGGGACGAGGGAUAGUAGCCUUUGGCCAAACCAAGGACAUCAUCAGGCAGAUCCUGCGGGCUGACGGGCUCCGAGGCUUUUACCGAGGCUACGUGGCUUCACUGCUUACCUACAUCCCAAAUAGUGCUGUCUGGUGGCCCUUCUAUCACUUCUAUGCAGAACAGCUCUCAUACCUCUGUCCUAAGGAGUGCCCACACAUUGUCUUUCAAGCUGUGUCGGGGCCCCUGGCUGCGGCCACCGCUUCCAUCCUCACCAAUCCCAUGGACGUCAUCCGCACCCGCGUGCAGGUUGAAGGCAAGAGCUCCAUCAUCCUGACCUUCAGACAGCUGAUGGCAGAAGAGGGGCCUUGGGGCCUCAUGAAAGGCCUCUCGGCCAGAAUCAUCUCAGCCACGCCCUCCACCAUUGUCAUUGUGGUGGGUUACGAGAGCCUCAAGAAACUCAGCCUCCGACCUGAGCUGGUGGACUCAAGACACUGUCACGGGCCUCCCGAGGGAUUCUUGGGAGACAGGAAGGAGCGGGGCAGGAGGCCACCCGCAGCAGGACCGCUGCACUUACCAGCCCGACACUGCCCAGCUGCUCUGGGGGCCGCCCGGCACUCUUGCCCCAUCCCGGCCGCCACCAAGCCUGCGAUGCGGGGUGCGGCGCCCCGGGGCAGAAGGCCUGUCAGAGCCUGCACUCGAACCGCACACGUGAGGCUGGAUGAGCCUCCCCACGUCUCAUCGGUCCCAUCCCUGGGAGAGGCCACGGUGCCAACCUGCAAGGUGCUAGCUACCCGAGGCCUUGACACUUCUUCCGGCUGCCCCCCCCCCUUCUGUCGCCCUGGCCACAUCAGAGCCGACCCUGCUUCUCCACCUUCGCCGCCACCGCCGCCCAUGUGGGCCUCGAGGCUUCGAAGGUUAACCCCCUUCACCUGCCUUCGGUUUUGCGUCCCCUCUCCUCCUCUGUCAGGUGUCCCCCGGUGUCCGUCCACUGCACAGGUGACUCUGAACCCCCUGCCCCUCCGUCGCCCACCUGCCCCAGGAGCCCCCCACGGGAUGGAGGCCAGGGCCCCUGCGCUCUCCCCGCAGCGCCUCAGUCCCACACCCCCCCCCCAGAGGCCCGUCCGCGGCCCGCCGCACACCGGCCACGCAGGCCGAGCCGUGGCCGAGCGGCGGCAGGGGCGGCGUGCGGCCCCGCCCGUCUCAGGAGGUGGGGUGUACGUGCCCUCGGACCGCUUCCCCCCGGCUCCCCCGUGCGGCGCGGUGCCGCAGCCCUACCCCCCCCCCGCCCCUCUGCCCACCGCGCUCCGCCCCCCCGCGUCUCGCACCGGCGGUCCGAGAGGUCGCCGUGCGUCUCCGACGGGGAGCCCGGGCCCCCGCUCCCGCAUCCAGCACGUCCGGCGCCGGCGUGCGGAGCGGACCGAAGGCCGCGUCAGCUGGACUCGUGGGGUGAGCUGGGCCGUGGCCCGAAGGGGACGGAACGUGGGACGCCGGGACUGGACUCCGGGGACAUUAGCGGCGGACACUCACUGUUACACUGUACGAAGUCCCUGACGCGUAAUUAAAAGUUUCUAUCGCGC